AUGCGGCCGGCAAGCGACUCUGCAAUAGUCCAUUUAAAUAUCGGAAUCAAACAUGAUGAAAAUAUUGCCGAAGAGUUGAAGCGAAGGCUUCUUCAAAUCUCUGAUCCAUCGAGUGAAAUCUACGGCCAACAUCUUAGCAAACGGCAAUUAAGUGAUCUGUUCAAAGCGCCUAAUGAAGCAACGAUCGCAGUCGAGCAAUGGCUGGUAUCAAACAACAUUACCACAUUCAAAAAGUCUGUUUCCAGCGACUGGAUUAGGGUUUUACUGCCACUGAAACAAGUCCAAGAUUUACUUCAGUGCGAAUACUUUGAGUUUCAAAAUAUCUUGGACGGCAGUAUUCUCGUUCGCACCACAGCCUGGUCUAUACCGAAAAUAUUGGCACCUUUUAUUGACGUUAUCGAACCAACAAACUCCUUUUUUCGCCCGAAGGCUUCCAGCCGAUAUGGCGGGCCACCACCUCCUGAAUGGGAGCAGAAGGGCCGUUUGCCUACCCAUGCGGAGCUCUCUGAAGAGGAUAUACUAGAGCGAGGACAUCUUGAUAUCCCAGCAAUUGACGAACUCCCGCCAAACCCAACCGUCAUGGAUGCAUGCAAUAGAUUGGCUGUGUCUCCGCUUUGUCUGCGUGUCUUAUACGGCACACUUUCAUACAAGCCCAAAUCCAUUGCCACAAACAGUAUGGGUGUUGUUAAUUUCCUAGGAAACAACAACAAUCGGUCUGAUAUUAGGCGCUAUCUUGAUCUCUAUCGCCCUGAUGCUGCUGCAGAUGGCGCAGCCGAGGCCUUUGAAACAGUACUUCUUGCCGGUGCCGAAGAUAUCCAGACGCCAAACACCGAGGAGCAGUUCGCUAGACACAUGGGGCUCGAAGGUGCUCUAGAUGUGGAAACAAUCCUAGGAAUCGGGUACCCUACGCCACUGAAGACAUGGAACGUUGGUGGCCAGCCACCAUUCCAAGCGAGUGUGAACAAAGUGAACAAUGCGAAUGAGCCGUACAUGGAAUGGUUGAACCAUCUGCUUGAGCAAGAUACUUUGCCAUCUGUCAUAUCGAUAUCCUAUGCCGAUGAAGAGCAGACUGUCCCCAAAGCUUAUGCGCAACGCGUGUGUACUGGCUUUGCACAGCUAGGAGCUCGUGGUGUAAGCGUUAUUGUCGCAUCGGGUGAUGAAGGUGUUGGCAAGGACGGGACAUGUGUAACAAAUGACGGCAAAAACACACCGCGCUUCAUGCCUGCAUUUCCUGCCUCGUGUCCAUUCGUCACCGCAGUCGGCGCAACUCGACACUUUGACCCUGUGUUUGCUGCAUUUGACGGCCGAUCAGACUUUGUAACGGGCGGUGGGUUCAGCGACUAUUUCAGUCGUCCAGAUUAUCAGCACGGUGUAGUGGACAAAUACUUGGCCUCGAUUGGACCCUUGCAUGAAGGUCUAUACAAUACCCAAGGACGCGCCAUUCCGGACGUGUCUGCACAGGGAUACCACUUUGCUGUGAUAUACAAUGGGACAGCACACCUUUUGGACGGCACGAGUGGUUCAGCACCAGUCUUUGCUGCGAUUGUUACUCUUCUCAACGACGCGUUGAUGGCGGAGAAGAAGCCACCCUUGGGGUUCUUGAAUCCGUGGCUGUAUUCGGUGCGAAAGGGACUACGAGAUGUUACGUAUGGUAGUGCUACAGGGUGCAAUACGACGGGAUUUCCGGCGACAGUUGGCUGGGAUGCAGCCACGGGUUUAGGGACACCGUGGUUCCCUGAGUUGAAGGAUUUGGCGCUCUCAAGACAGUUCCGCUGGGAUCAUCCAUGGUACAUUAUGCAGUAGCGUAUCUUCUGUAUAUAAAAUCUUGAAUAUUACAAGUUAUUUUUAUUUUUAAAAAAA